CAGACGCUACGAGGAGUACGUUGUGUCCGACUUCGUGUCCACCGCGUCCUUCCGCACACCGGCGUGCCACGAGCGCCAGCAUUGGCGCGCCCUCGACUCCCGACACGGACUCGUCCUCUUCCACACCCCUAGUAAAACUAAAAGGGACGGGGACUUCGCUAUCUGCGACCUCCUCACAUACGACCAGUGGAGAAUCAAGGUCAACGAUGAGUGCUCCGACAUCUUCUGGCAUGACCGGGACAACGAGGGCGUACUGUGGAACGCUGCGGUGCUCUGCGGCAAGGACCGGUGUGACCACCUCUACUGCCAUGGCGGCCCUUUCCUCGUGGCCCUCGUGUUCUGCGACAAGGGACAGACCACAACCUUUGCCUCUGUCUACUCAUCGGAGACUCAUAAGUGGAGCGACAUGAUCUCCGUCGAGGAACCGAAUGCCAUCAAGAAGUCGGGCCACAUUACUGUUGUGGGAGAUAAGGUUUAUUUCCAGUGUGAGCGUAGCGAAAGUAUUGUGGAGUACAACAUCGGUGAGCAAGAACUAUCGGUGAUUCAUCUGCCGAUUGAAGAUGAGGACCUGCCGGACGUUGAACUCAUGGGGGUGCAUGACGGAAUGCUGCUGUUUGGGACUAUUGUGUGGCCUAGACUCUACCUCCGGUCAAUGGAGGCUGGCCCCAACGGAGCUAAGGGAUGGGCACGCCACAGGGUCAUCGAGCUCAGACCACUGCUCCCUCCUCGUGCCCUAUUUUUAAUGUCGGUGGUCGGUUUUGCGGAAGGUGUUGGUGCCAUCUUCCUAAGUACACAGGAUGGCGUGUACACAAUUGAGCUCAGUUCGGGCCAAAGCAAGAGCGUACACAGUAAGCCAAUCUUCGGAAAAGUCAUGCCCUACAUGAGCUUCUACACUAGAGCAUGGGGGCGGUUGUCGACCUCGGAGUAAGCUUCACACGCAGGCGUUAGUGCUAAAACAAUAUAAUCAAAUGGUGUCAAGAUGAUGGAUCUGAUUACUUUUACUUCCCAUAUAGAAUGUGAAGUGAAUUUCGGUGUCUUCUGUUGCUGCUUGUGUUGGACAGUUUGGUUAGGGUGGAUGUGCUAUUGUUCUACUUAUCUUUGUGCCAAAACUUGAGUCUGUUCAUCUCACCGUGUGCAACUCAAACUUACAGUCAGCAGAAAUUUUAAUGAUCAGUUGAUGGUUUGGUGGAAUGAAUUGGUGCAAAUGUCUGGGGUUACAGUGUACCAUCUCUGUGUGCAUUAUGCUUACACUAUUAUGAGGUGUUUCCAGCUUAUGAACAUGCCGCAAAAUGCUGGCGCAACCAUAACAAGAAUACCGUUGACAAUAUGCUUUUUUAAGC